GAAGGAGCCGAAGCAAACAAAGUUCAGCCAGUCACGACGGCCCUCUCCUCCCCUCUCCUCGCCCUGCCUCAGCACCGGGAUGGGGCCGCGGUUGGAUGACGUUGUCCGCCUGUGCUGUGAGAUCUCGGCUCAGGAGCAGAUCAAAGUCGCGGUGAAGAACUCCACCAAAGGAGCCGUGGUGGCGGGCGGAACCGCCUUUGUAGGUGGGCUGCUCGGUGGUCCUGUAGGGAUUGCUGUUGGUGGAGCAGUGGGAGGUCUCAUGGGCAGCUGGCUCACCAGCGGUCAGUUCAGGCCUCUGCCUCAGGUCCUGAUGGAGUUGCCGCCAGCCCAGAGGGAGAAGCUCUACAAUGACGUGAUCAAUGUGCUGGGCAGCCUGGACUGGACGGACGCAGCCCAGCUGAUCGCCCUKGUGAUGGGCAACGCCACACUCCAGCAGCAGGUCACCGCCGCGCUGCUCAGCUACGUCGCAAAUGAACUCAGAGCAGAAGUGUGUUAUCGUGACUGAGAGGCGGCUCUGCCCAGACCUGACCUGACCUGUGAAAUAUAAACAGAGGYSGUCAUUUUGGUGGAUUUAAUGCUUCACUGCAAACAGUGAGCGUUGAUGGGUCACUUUAGGAGUCCUAUAUGAUUUUCAGUAACGAAGGCGUACAUGUACCUCAGCACAAAUCAUGUUUUUAAAACAGAUUUCAGAUCAUGUUCUACACUCUAAAGAGAUUGAAGCCUUACGAGUUGUCCAUUUUCAUUUGAAAGACAAUCUCCUUUCUCUACACUCUGUAUGGGGGGCUUUAUAUGUGCACUGAGUUUUGAAUUAAGUACAAUUUUUGUAAACACAUUACAGAGUACCAUAUUGUAAUGUUCAAAAUACAGUAUCCUACUGAAACUUGGCAAGUCUUUAUUUAUUUAAAGUUGUAWGUUAAGACUGUUUUAUAAGUGACAGCAUGUCACACUUAAUGAAAUGCCAUUUUUUUCAGUGAAGCUUGUAAACCUUCAGCUUACAUGUUUCUUAAUCAAAUGAGUUUUUAAUUAUUACAGACUACAUUUUAUGUGCUCUAUAUUAAUCAGAUACUUUGAAAAUCAAAAUGCAAAUGUUUAAUCCCAGGAAUUUAGUGAACAUGAAAUGUCAUAUCACUCUUUUUCCACUAGGGGGCAGCAAACAGUUACAGUUGCACAAUCAAAGCUGUGAAGAAAUGAAUAUUUUUAAGCAGACUGAUGUGUGCUCCCAUAAAAAAAAAUAAGAGAAUAGGAAUGUUUUUAAUUUUUUAAUUGCAAAAACAUCAWUAUGAAUGAUGAAAUAACAUUAAACACAACAUCUCGUGCCCUUUA